CUUUUUUAUGAGAGUCUCUCUCUAGGGUCUUCUUUUUUUUGUAGUUAGGGUUUGGGUUUUCAGGGUAGGGUGGGUUGUGAAUUUUUGGGGGGCAGUUAUGGUGAGGAAACAUGGAUGGCAACUACCUGCUCACACCUUUCAGGUUGUUGCAAUUACUGUGUUCUGCUUAUUAGUGGUUGCAUUUUAUGCUUUCUUUGCUCCUUUCCUUGGAGGGCGCAUCUGGGAAUAUGCUCUGGUUGCAACUUACUCACUGGUGGUAUUCCUUGUUUUUAUUCUUUAUGUUCGGUCUACUGCAAUUAACCCUGCUGAUCCUGGCAUCAUGUCAAAAUUUAAUGGUGGAACAAACAAUUUUGAUAGAAAGCAUGGGUUAUCAGUGAAGGAUUUACCCAGAAAAUUUGAUGAAUUUGGCAGUGGGUUGCAUUCAUCCCCUUCAACUGUUUCCAGAAGUUCCAUAGGAGCAGCAAACUCAAGUAAGAAAGGUUCAGUGGGAGAUACUGGAACAGUAGUUGCUCCAGCACAGUCCGGAACCAGGAAAUCUUGUUGCAUUGGAGGAAUCUUUUGUGCCAUAUUUGUUCAUGAAGAUUGUCGCAAGCAAGAAGGGGCUGCUGAGCAAGGCAGUGAAGAUGCUUUGUUCUGCACAUUAUGCAAUGCUGAGGUGCGCAAGUUUAGUAAACAUUGUAGAAGUUGUGAUAAAUGUGUAGAUGGUUUUGAUCAUCACUGCCGGUGGCUAAACAAUUGUGUAGGACACAAAAAUUAUGUCACAUUCAUCUCUCUCAUGGCCAUCAGUGUUGUUUGGCUAGUUAUGGAAGCUGGUGUUGGUAUUGCUGUCCUAGUUCGUUGCUUUGUUAACAAGAAGGACAUGGAGACUGAGAUUAUUGAUAGGCUUGGAAAUGGUUUUUCUCGUGCUCCAUUUGCAACAGUUGUGGCUGUAUGUACUGCAGUUUCUAUCCUUGCUUGUGUGCCUCUGGGUGAACUUGUCUUCUUCCACAUGAUACUUAUCCGAAAGGGUAUUACAACCUAUGAAUAUGUUGUGGCUAUGAGAGCAAUAAGUGAAGCACCUGCUGGAGCAUCGGCGGAUGAGGAACUGCAGAAUGUGAUGUAUUCUCCAACUGGGUCAGCUACAACUGGCAUGAGUGGUGGAAGUUCUCUUGGCCUGCAGUACAAGGGAGCAUGGUGUACCCCUCCUAGAGUUUUUGUGGACUAUCAGGAUGAAGUUGUGCCUCAUUUGGAGCCUGGAAUGGUUCCAUCUACUGUUGAUCCGGAUGCAGCUGGUUUUGCAGAAAGGGGAAACAAGGGACCCAAAAGAGCUGUUCGUAUUAGUGCGUGGAAGCUUGCAAAGUUAGAUUCUAGUGAUGCCAUGAGGGCAGCGGCCAGAGCAAGAGCAUCUUCAUCUGUUCUACGGCCUGUUGACAACCAUCGUUUAGCUGAUCCUGAACUUAGUUCCAGUGGCAACAUGAGCGAUAGAAGUAGUGUUAGCACUGAUACAGGUGCAAAUAAAGAGAUAAAGAAUGACCAGAGAUUAUCGCCUUUAGGAAACUCUUUUGCUCAAAGUCAAGGUAGCCGUGACGAGUAUGAAACAGGAACUCAAAGUGUAAGUAGCUUCAGCAGUCCAAGCCACAUUCAUGAAUCAGUAACACUUAGUCCACUACCUCAAACUCAAGGGGGUCAUUUGAGUACAGCUACCUCAGUUCCUGGCAUUCCUGAUCGUACCUUUAUGUCUAAGGGAUCUUUUCCUGCUAUCAACAAUCCCAUCAAACAUGUCUCAUCAGGAUCUGAUGAAAAGGUAAUGCAUAAGGGUGGCAUUAGUGAUCCAUUGUUGCUUUCAGCUCCGGCUGCUUCCCUUCUUAGAGAUGUCAAAAGAACGUCUGUUGUCUGGGAUCAAGAGGCUGGUAGGUAUGUAUCAGUCCCUGUCUCUGCAACAGAAGCUCGGAACAGAUCAUCCAUGCAAAUAGGUUUGCCGAAUUCAAGUGGAGAAACUAGCACGCAAGGUAGAAGGGUGGUUUUUCCACCACAGGAGUCUUCUUUGGCUGCAAAGGCUCCAGUGCAACAGGCAGAGAAGCUAUUGUAUACAGGAGACUCUAUUUUCUUUGGUGGCCCACUUUUGAGUGUUCCGGUUAGAGAUAGUUUGAGAAAUGAUAAGGGUUUGGGUUCAAGGGAGGUUCAAGAAAGAGUGGCUCUGAAGUUGCCUCGAGACUCUAGAUUCAAAAGGGAUUCGGUCUCAAACCAACUUCCUGUGUUUGUCCCUGGAGGUUUUGAAAACAACUCUGCAUCUGUUUCUGGUUUAAAGUAGAUAUCAGUUUAACUCCUAACAAAGUUUCUCACAAUUUUUCCUCAAAUCAUCAAGAUCAAUGAUGAAAGAUAAUUAUUUUGCAUGGUUCAAGUGGUCUCUUCUCAAAUGAAUUAUUUGAUUCGACACUCCGGCUUGUGGUGAAAUUUGUAAAGUGAAAUGAUGUCAUGAGGUGAGUCUCUCUCCUCUCUCUCUUUGUUGAAACUGGCUAAAGGUGUUUCUAAAUUCCAAUUACUUGUUAGCUUUUUUCUUUUAACCAAGCUUUAUUGGUGGUUUAUGAAUAAUUUAUCUGUCAAACUUUAGUUUACUCUGUUUAUGUCGCCCUACUGGGAUUUGUUAGUUUUAAUGCUAAGUUGAGCACCUUGAUUUAGGGUAGUACAAAUUUUGAUUGACUCUGAGUAUGCUAAUUACUGAAAUGUAGUUGGUUCCAACCCUUCCUACUUCUACACAGCCCAUUAGAUGUAUAGGAUUAUAAUCCUUUGCUUUGAAUAAAGUACUCUAAAGGAAAGGAAAUUUUUAAUUCCAAGGUUUAAUUUGGUUCAUGUAAUUAUCCGUAAGAGGUGGCAUUUAUAGAGUUUAAAUCCUGGCACUUUGUAGUUUAAAAAAAAGAAACUUAAAUAAUAGGAGGAUUUAGGCUUUUCUGAUUUCCAUAUGCAGUUCAUCCUGUAAAUCAAGCUCAUAUAAAAUGAUUUCCAUGUAAAUAAUGAUUGUUUAAUUGACUUUGUUUGUUAGCUUGAAUUUUGAAAAUAAAUUGAAAGAUUUGAGGGAAAGUGGCAGAAGCGUAUGAAAAUGAAGAACUCUUUGCCCCUGAAAUGUAAAAUGAUUAGUUCCGGAAAAGCUCAAAAACUUGAAUGUCCAUUUUGGUUAUUGGAUUUUGUAAUGUCUCUUAAAACAUAAUUUUCAAAAUUAUGGCUAAUUGUUGGAAACGUUGUCAUGUAACAAUUGAGGCAUUUUCCAAUGCUUCUUUUCACUUAGCAGAGGUAGUCAUGGUUUUGUGGCACUCAAAACUAUACGUCCACAAAGCCUAUUUCUGAAGGGAGACAAUAUCCUACAACUGGGUUUUGUGGGCACUCCUCUUCAACCACAUCGAGAGAGCUUAAGCAGGUAGUGGUAGAUCCGUUGUUAGCAGCUAAUGUUAGAAUGCAUUUUUAA